AUAACAAUCCCAUAGUUCCUUGCGGUGUAUACAAUCGAUGUGUCGGCAGAACUGAAUAUUUUAAUUUUUUUUCGCUGAUAAGCACUGAAUUCUCUUCAGUGACCACAAGACGCCAAGGUUUGUUGUACUUGGAAACGUUUACUAGGAAAUUUAGCGUAGACAGGGUGCGUAGUUUGGAGGUAAAGCGGCUUUGUUGUAUCUUAAUUGUUUUUAAAACGCUCAUUUAUCGCUCAUUAUAAUUUUUUCAUCCAGCCCUUUUAUUCCGUUGUUAUUGUUUAAACCUCCCUCCCAUCAAUUCAUUAUUUCUCUCUCUGAUCACAAUGCACAUCAACUACCGCUUUUCGAAAAAUAUAUCUCUUGAACAAACAUGUCAGACCCUUUUUCGAUUCCGAGUCAAAGAAGGCGUACCAGAAAGUCGUCUCCCCAAGACGCCAGUCUGGAUAUUGCGGGUUCUACCCCUAGUCCAGCUGCUCCUGGACAUAGGAUGGCGCCUGGGCCCAUGCACAGUCCGGUACCUCCCAUGGACCGGACAAUGCCAGGAUCUGAUCCAUCACUGCCCCCUCACAGUUUGACACCUGGACCUAUGCCACCCACUGGUGUGCCUAUGCCAAUGAAUUCUUUACCUAAUGGCGGUCCUCCUAUUUCGGGAAGUAUGCCGAUGGCAGGUGGAAUUCCUCCACCACAUGCAAUGCCUAUGGUUCCAAUGGGACCAAUGAUGAGCGGCCCACCGGGACAUCAUAUGCCACCUCCGUAA